CGAACGAAGAGGAAGCAACGCAGCUCCGCCACUCGUCCUCCGCUCGCACGACUGGUCUUCCGCAGCCAAAGCACAGCAGCCGUGGGCGUCGCGUCUCAGCUGUUACGCACCUCUCAGCGAACGGUCUUGUGACAUUUUACCGUGUGGCUUAUAAUAAUAGCGUCACUGUGAGAGGCAAGCAGCUGUUCCGUGUGUGUUUCUUCGAGACUUUGGCACAGUGUAUGGCAGAUUGGACUCGUUCGCUACUUCCUUACCGUACACGAGGCAACUUUUUUCUGUCGUGGCCUCUCGUACAGUAGCGAUCUCCGCUGUGGUGCUGCCCUGCUGCUACUUCGCUGGCUGAGUCAAUUAACUGGGGGCACGCGAGCCUGCGCUCCAUUCACGCCGGCGACCAAUUGGUGACUCAUACGGCUCGCAGCUCACGCUGAAUCACCAGUACUCGGCGCUCGAGUGGCAGUUCAGAGGAUCCGCGAGAUUUUCCCUGGAGCAGGAAACGGGGCCAGCUCUCUGUGCCGGAGACGGAUGUGGCUAUAAGGGCUCGGCAGCCAUGGUGAAGGUGGAAGGACCGCUACCGCUGCCCGUCAUGGCCCGCACGCCGCUCAAGUCGUCGUUCAGCAUCAGUUCCAUCCUCCCGGAGACGGCAGCAUCGCCCUGUGGUCGACCGUGUAGCCCUCGCCUCGCUCUCACGCCCGAUCUGUCGGCUUCCGACUCGGAGUGCAGUAGCGACUUGGACGUGACAGGCGGUGCGACUCCGCCGCCCCUCGACUGCAGCCGCCAACACGCCCCCACCGCCCCCAGUCCGCCCCCGGCGGCAAACGACAAGGAGGGCGACGCCGGCAAGGAAGCGAAUAAGGACGCAGCGGCGGAGACGGGCAAACAGACGGAGGAGAAGAAGAAGAACGAGAAGCCGCCGUACAGCUACAACGCGCUCAUCAUGAUGGCCAUCCGGCAGAGCCCCGAGAAGCGGCUCACGCUCAACGGCAUCUACGAGUUCAUCAUGAAGAACUUCCCGUACUACCGCGAGAACAAGCAGGGCUGGCAGAACUCGAUCCGGCACAACCUUAGCCUCAACAAGUGCUUCGUAAAGGUGCCGCGCCACUACGACGACCCGGGCAAGGGCAACUACUGGAUGCUCGACCCGUCCAGCGAGGACGUCUUCAUCGGCGGCACGACGGGCAAGCUGCGCCGGCGGUCGACGGCCGCGUCGCGGUCGCGGCUCGCCGCCUUCAAGCGCACCGUCGUGCUGGGGGCGGCGGCGGCAGCGGGGCUCUACUCGGGGGCGGCCGCCGCGUCGCCGUACGCCGCCGCAGCCGCGGGCGGACCCGCGUCGCCGUGGGCGCUGUCGCCCGCCGCUCUGUACUGCGGCCCCGCGGCGGCGCUCUACCACCGCUACCCCUACCCGUACGCCGGGGCAGGCCUGCUGGUGCCGGCCGCCGCCGCCGCGGCCGCCGCCGCCGCCGCCUCCUCCGCCUCCGCGUCGCCGGCGACGACGCUGGCCAAGCCGACGCCGCUGCAAGCGUCCGCCUUCAGCGUGGAGCGGCUGCUGGCCGCCGACGGGCCCGCGGCGCCGCCCCCGCACGCGCCGCCCCCGCACGUGCCGCCCCCGCACGUGGCGGCGCCGCCGCUGCGCUACGCCGCCGCCGCCGCCUACCACGACUUCUACGCGACGCUGCGCUCGCUGGCGGCGCCGUCGCUGCUGCACCACCCGCACCCGCAGGCGCCGGUGCCGCCGCCUCCGCACCCGCCCCCGCAGCCCGUCUGUUCGGCCGCCUCCAGCCCGGAGCCGCGGCCCGCGCCCAUCUACAAGCCCGUCACCGUGCUCGCCUCCAGGCACAGCUAGGUACAGCCGUGAUACUCCUAACAUUUUUGUUACGUUAUUUAUUGACUUUCGUUUACCACCGCUAUGUUACAAACUUUGUCAUAUUAUUAUGACUCCCUUUUUUGCAAGAGCGGAAAUAUGCCUCUGUAAUACCUUACCUACAAUAUAAUUAAUUUUAGGGAUGUGACGUAGCAGUUUUCAUAUUUACAGUAAUAAUUAAUAGCAUUCAACUGUUUUCUGUCCCACCGACGACUCGAUUCUUGAGACAGUAGUCUCAUGAGGUUGUCGAAGUUAGCUCCUGAUAGCAAUAGUGGUCGAAACAACGCAAUUUUUACAUAUUGACAAUGUGGUCACAGCCCCGUAACAAUUUUAUUGACUGACAAUAGUCGCUGAAGCCGAAGCUUACAAUCAGCUCACGAUGUUCAAACACUAAAAACGUCGCAAACGUGUUUGUAGGCCUUUUAGUGUUUUAACGUCAUGAGCUAAGUUUGACAACCUGAUGAUUGUCACAGAUAACGCGUUGUUGAGUCGUGUGUAGGACAGAAAAGAGUUGAAUGCUAUCAGUCGCAACUGAUAGCUAGACUUGCCACACAAGGUCGUGCAAUAGGCCUGCGACCCUUGUACGGUUAAUCUAACUGAUCACUCUCUCAAAACUGCUUCAGGUCGCUAGAUAACUUUAUUGUGCAUUUCUAUUUGCAAAGCUUUUUUUCAGUUUGAUGAUGGGUUAUGCCCGAAACGCGUCAGUAAACUUUUUUGUAACAAGUGAAUUCUUCAGUUUUGUUUCCAUCUGGAAUUGCUUGCUACACGACCGUUUUAAGUAAUAUCCGAGGUAGGAGGAAGGGCAGCAUCGGUGGCCCACGUUUAAUCUGUUUAAUGCAGAUCGACUUCAGCUGCUUGUUAUGUGUGACGGCAACGUCGUAACGUGACGGAUUUUAUUUACAAUGAGUCAUCAUGACUCGCAUACUAUUAUACUAAAGGCAGAUACGCAGUGGCUGAAAUCUAUCUGCAUUAAACAGAUUAAAAACUUACCACCGAUGGGACCCUUCCUCCUACAUUGGAUGAGUGAAUUAUUGUUAUUUAGCGACAUGAAGCAGCGUCAGAGCGCGCUCAGUUAAGCGUCUAUAACGGUCAUCGACUUAACGACAGCCUCUCAUCUACUGCUGACCGCUGACAUUCAUAUUUAAACUUCAUAGAUAAUCUCAAAACAAAUUUACUCAAUUUAGUUAUGACAACAAACUGGUAUUGUUUGACUUUUAACAUGGAUAACUUACCUUAUGAAAAUGUAAUCAUUAUAAACAUGAAUAUGAGUCUUUACUGACAUGAAACAAGUAGUUACGACGAAAGGCACCUUCAUACUUUUGGAAAUACCUCAUAAUUCUUCACUUCUCAUGAUAAUUUAAAUGGUUACUGAAUGCUAUUGUUUUUUCCUCCAAAAUGUCCGUGAGCUGUCGUUGCCCUCAGCAGAAAGUUGUUUGUAUCUCUAAAAAUGCAACAGUGAAUCCUUCAUAAACGUGACUACACUUGCAAACAAUUCUAUGUAUUGGUCUUACCGAUGCAGUGUCAGGUCACACAAAUGGUACUAUUGUCGGUAUCGUCAGAUCUCUCAUGUUAGCUCUACUUGCUAUACUUGGCCGAACAAUGCGUUGGGAUAAACUGAUCCACUUCCACGCUUUUCAUAUCGGCUUUACGCCGUGCACAUUUAGAAAUAUCAAUUUCAUCAUCAGGACUUCAGUUGUUAUGCAACUGACAUCAGUGUCAUGUCAACAUGCAAGAAUUUUGGUGAUUUAUUUCGUAUACCACUAUGUAGUAGAGGCCACAUGUUGAGGAUGCACACUGUCAGUUUUGAAAACUACGAUUUCGUAACAUACAUAGACAUUGUAAAAAUGCUAUGAAAAGAUAGUGUUCUUAACUUUUCCAUCAUCAGCUGAUCUAACUAUGCUACGCCAAAUAGUAAACCAUCAAUUAAAUAGACCCGGACCGGCUCUCACAUUGUGAGUUCCGGCUAUUAGAGAGCAGAUGUGUUGACAGUGUGUGCCCUCCUCAGGACUUAUUCAGUUGACGAGCUACUACGUAAAGUAUUUAAAUCACCUGAAGAUGACUUUGUAAUGAAUAAGAAUUCUGUGAUGAUACCAUUUGUAUGCCUGGUCUGUGUAAUAGUAUACAUGUUGCUUUUAAUGGACAGCGAUUGAGUGACAUUAUAAUUUACACUAUUACUUAAAGUGCUUCACGUUUUGUUAGAGGACUCCCAUUAUCAGGUGUCUACAUUUACGUAUAUUUUUAAGUUGUAUGCCCAUAUUUGUUGACUGUUGGUGCCAUAGGGACCAGUAUUGUGAACAAGUCAGCUCAAUAGUCGACGCAAUAUUUAACAGUAAGAAUUAUUCACUGUGUUCUUGUAUUGGAAUCCUGAGGAUAUUCCGAAACGCUUAGCGUAAUAAGUAAUUCUUAAAAUUAUAGCGUGAUAUUGUUCCUAUGUAAUAGUAUGAUAUCAUACUUUAAGAUAGUCUUGUUCCUAAAUUUGUUGCCGCUUUUGAAGCGUGCAGUAAAAUCCGUUUCAUAAGAAAGUUUCAGCUUCACGCUGUAAAAUCAUUAGUAAUUUCAUCCACGACAAUCAGGUGGUUCUGUCUGACAGACGUUUAUGUGUUAAGUCCUCCUCUUGUGAAUAUUGUACUUGACUGUUUGUUCUCAUUUUCCUAUCCACUAAACUCACUGUCUUUCGUUACGUCAUGAAAUAGACGCGUGCGGAAGACACGAUAUUUCCCAUUGUCAUAUUUAGCAGUUCAUUUGUGCUUCCCAUGCAGAGAAGCGAAUAAGCUGAACUAUGCCAUAAUAUUUAUUAGCAUGAACAGUCAUUCACUCUUCCCAAAAUUCUAGAUAACUCUUCUUGAUCUGGUCCCACUCCGGCUUAUCUACGAAUAGUUGUCUUAAUUUAAACAUUCAACAUUAGAUCGUUGAUAUCACUAAAUAAAACAACAUGACAUAAAUAAUAUUUGGUUUGUGUCUCAUCGAGACUUCGGUAAUGUCCGGCUGUUUAUCGUUUUACUUGUAAAAACACUGAAAGUAUCUUAUCAACUACUGUUAAACAUCAUAUAAGGGAAAAUAUCUAUCACCUACGGAAAUCUAAAACAUGUUUCUGAGAAGGAAAUUCAUGAAUUACUCUGUGUUAACCUUUUUUUUUUUUGCUUUCUGAUUCAUAUAAUGCAAUUUUAACAAUUUGUGAAAAGGUCUUGUGUGAUAUGUACAGUCAUGCUACCCGAUAACUAUGACCAAAUAUUUUACCAUAAUUAAAAUGUUUAUUUUUCCUGGAACUGUUUCAUUUACGUUUUUGUUCGUGAACAUUGUUUAACGCAUUUUUCGCUCUUGCAAACGUGUGUGUCUAGUGUCAUUCUUGUUGUACAAAAAACUUUUCAUGUAUAUUUGUGUAUUUAAUUAGCGUAUAUUGUAUAUAUGAUUGUUUCGACGGCAGAUAAUAAAUUAAGCACAUAGGCCUGUCAAAUAUUUACACACAGGUCAGCUAUGUAGAUGAAAUGAAACGUAUUAUUUUUAUUCGUAAAAAUAAACUUUAUGUGAUACAUUAA